UUUUUUCGCAGAAGAAAACUCGACGCAAGAUGGCGCGGUGGUGCGCUGCGCUUGCGGCGUGUGCUAUAGCACUGUGCAUCACAAGUGGACAAACAGAAUCAAGAUUCCCUGAUUUACAAGCGACCAACCAGGCGGACGCUGAUGAGAUGGUACACAACUUACUACAGUGGAUUCAGGGGUUAUAUCAGGAGAAACAGAGGAAAGCACGUCAAUAUUUCGGAGGAAAACCUGAAAAGCCGAGACCGUUCGAGCCUGCUACAUAUCUUCCCCCGAGUCCAACUGGAUAUCCUCCAGCUGGAAGUAGACCCACGCCAUCAUACAGCGAAGGUCCAGCAACUAGUCCACCAUACCAACCCCCCGAGCAACCUGAGCAGCCAUCUUAUCAACCCAGCCAGCCAACUCAGCCUCCCUACCAACCCAGUCAACCAUCAUAUCAACCAAGCCAACCUUCUUAUACUCCAAGUCAACCGAGCCAGCCGUCUUACACUCCCAGUCAACCUUCUUACACGCCUCCUCAACCUUCUUACACACCUUCUCAACCCUCUAAUACUCCAUCCCAACCAUCCUAUACACAACCAGAAACGCCAUACCAACCCAGCUCUCCUAGUCAACCGAGCCAGCCGUACCAACCUCCUCAAACAAAUCAACCAACACUGCCACCUUACAAACCCAGUCAGCCACAAGAAAACACUCCAUCUUAUCAAACACCAAAACCACAGAAACCAGACGAGGGACAAGAAGGCUCUUCCACAUCCAUCAACCCAGCUUCUCCUGACGAUGAAGACCGCCAUCCGCCUCACAUUCACGCAAUCACUGUUGACUGCGGCAAGGAAAUGAUGACUAUCAACAUUGAAUUCAAUAAGCCUUACAAUGGAAUCAUAUAUUCUCAAGAUCAUUACAACGACAACGAAUGUGUUUAUGUAAGAGAGAAUUCCAACCAAGUUAAAUACUCGUUUACAGUUAGCUUGAACACGUGUGGCACAAGAUUCUUCAGCGAUUUCCAAAAUGAAGGACAGGCAUAUUUGGAGAAUGUUUUGGUACUGCAGAAUGAGCCGGGUAUUCAAGAAGUUUGGGACCACAUUCGCAGAGUGAGGUGCUUGUGGGAAGGAAAUUUGACCAAACAAUUAGUUUCUUCUCUAAGUGUUGGUAUGCUGAAUCAGAUAACAAGUAAUUUCAGCGGUGAUACUGCUAUGGCUAGACUCGACAUUCAGAUGGGACGUGGUCCAUUUGCCCCUGAAGCUAAUGGCUUGGUGAAAAUAGGAGAAACGAUGACCCUAGUUGUGUCAGUAACCGGGGAUGCCGGUUUCGAUAUACUUGUUCGAGAAUGUGUUGCUCGUGACUCAGGAAGCAAUCACGUUGUACCAUUGACUGACAGCAACGGUUGCGUGCUCAAACCUAAGCUCUUUGGAUCGUUCCAGAAGACAAGGGAGACAGGAAACACUGGAGCAUCAAUUAUAGCAUACGCGUUCUUUAACGCAUUCAAAUUCCCCGAUGAAAUGGACUUGGUAAUUCAAUGUGACGUUGAAUUAUGCAAGACUGAUUGUGACGUAUGCCCUUCACCUGGCAGUAUUGAGCCUAAGAGAAGAAGGCGUGAUUUAAUUCACGUUGGAAACAGAACGGUUGAACCUUCUGCGACCAUCAGUAAGGGUCUGAGGGUAGUCUUUGCAGAGGACUUACCACAGGAAACUUCUGGAUUUUGCGUCUCUCCAACGGCAGCGUUAUGGGGAAGUAUUUUAGUACUUCUAGGAUCACUUCUUAGUAGUGUUAUGGUUUCUAUGUGUUUUAUGAGAUCAAGGGAAGCUCCGAAAUCUGUUUAAGUUAUGUUAAGUAUCUUAAUUCUGAUGGUAUUAAACUUAUUCCGUCCAUAAAUGCAUAUCUUUGUUACUCAUGAACGUAUGACAACUAAACCAAUUUUACGAAGUUUUAGAAGGAAACUUAUAGACAAGGGGGCAGCGUAGUUUUAGUUGAAAACCUUUUGGACAAAGAAGCGGACAAAAAAUAAUAUUUAAUUAAAAGUUUAUAAUUGUAAUUAGUAAAAGUGUACUCAAAUACUAUUGAAAAAUAGAAUCAUCUGAACCAAGGUAAAUGCAAUUAAUAUUAUAACAAGAGUUAUAAAUUUAUUCAAUUGUUAUUUUAUUUGAAAAAGCGAAAUAAAACUCACGCGUAUCUGAUCAAAAAUAAUCUAGAUUUGUAUUUGUAAGUAAUUGUAACAGUCACAAUGUGAAUAUUUACACUUUAGUGUAAUUUAUAUCUAAUACUAUUAUAAUUUAACACUUCAAACGAAUUAUAGAAAUAAAUUAGUAAAAUUAAUAAACUACAUUAUUUUACUGAAAUUGUUAAAGGAAUUUAUUAUAUUUUUUCGUAUAAUUUAUUUUUAUAAAUUUUAAUGAUAUAUAUUAUAAAAACAUAAGGUUUCAACGAAUGCUAUGUUAAUGACAUCUACCUAUCAUGUCAAAUUAAGUCAUUUAAUAUAAAAACAGUUAUUUUGCUGGUAAACGAAUUUCGUACAACGAAAAAGUGAUAAAGAAUAAUAUAUAUUUAAUUCACAUAAUUACUGUUAUAGUGAUGGUGAAAAAUAAAAAAAACCAUCCAAGAAUAAUUUAUUUUUAUUUAUAUGUAUACAUACACACGAUGUCUGUCUAUAAUCAAUUAGUUUAAUCAAAAACACUCUCGGACAGCUGAAGUUAAAUGAAACCAUUAUACAUAGUUACAUUAUGACUAGUAUUUUGUAAAAUAACGUAUAAGGUACAUUGUAUAAUGACACAUAUUACUAUUUUUAUACAACUAACUUACAAUUGAUAAAAAAUAUAAUACAUUAAAAAAUAAAUUUAGUUAUAAGUUAACAAUUGUCACUAAUCUUAUCUCUGAGUGCUGUAUUAAAUAGUAUUACGA